AUGAAUCAAAUUAUUUUCAGUCGCGUAAUUGCUGGAUUUGGCGGCGGUGGAUUGCAGCUUAUGAGCAAUGUGGUCAUUCAAGAUUUGGUUGCUCCACAAAAACGCGGCCAAUACCAAUCUUAUGUCAGCAGCGUGCAAACGCUGGGUAUUGCACUCGGAUCGCCUUUGGGUGGAUUUAUUACAGAUACAUUUGGAUGGCGCUAUUGCUUUAAAUUAAACAUCCUUCCACUCAUUGGUAUUGGCUACUUUUAUGUUUUCCACUUUACCAAUUACAAUGUUGUUACGGAAAAGAAGACAGACGAUGGCGAUCAUGAAGUGAAUAAUAGGAAGAACAACAACAACGCAACGGUAGAACAUCUCCUCCUCUGGGAAAAACUUGGAUCAAUUGAUUUUCUUGGUGCAUUUAUUCUUGCAGUUGGCAAUCUCGCAUUUGCUAUCACUGUUUUGCUCGGUGGUAAUACCCGUGAAUGGACUGAUCCACUUAUCACCGCAACUAUGGUGACGACUAUCCUUUCAUUCAUACUGUUUGGAUUAUACCAGACCUAUUGGGCAAGAUCCCCACUGAUAUCUCGGACCUGUAUUGCCAAUCGAAACGUUGUGUUCUCGUCGCUAGCAUACUUUUUCAUUUGUAUGAGCAAUGGUUCCGUAGAUUCCACUGUUCCGCAAUUUUUCAUGGGUGUACUUGGUUUUUCCACUUCACAAUCGGGUUUAUGGACCAUGAUGAAUGCUUUGGCUGUACCUAUUGGAUGCUAUUGUGCUGGGAACUAUAUUCGCUACCAGGGCCGGUUCCUGUCCAUGGUGAUCCUUGGAUUUGGUUUUGGAUCGAGCUUAGUUUCUUUAUUAGUUGCAGUAACCAGCGAUGUCUCAUCAAAAGAUGUAGCAUCGGCCAUGUCAAUUAUGAUGCUCUUCCGAUCCAUGGGGCUGCUUUAUGGAACAGCCAUAGCAUCUUCGAUAAUACAAUGUAAUCUAAAAGUUCUUUUAGAGUCUCGAAUCAAUGGUCCUUCUGCUGAACAGUUGAUUCGCUUUAUCCGGACUUCAAUCCGAGAAGUUCACACGCUUUCUCCUCGAUUGCAACAGUUGGUGGCAAACGUUCUUGGGCAAUCGUUGCAAAAGGCAUACUUGUUUAUGGCGCUUUCAUGUAUGGUAGCGAUCUUACCAAUAUUGUAUCUGAGGGAUACGAAUCUGAAGAACGAGCAGCCAACGGCUCCAAACAACAAACGGAUAACAGUUGCUGCCGUUGUUGCCGUUACAAGCGAUUCAUCUUGA